UCUUUUUGUCUUCCACCACCACCGCUCCAAAACUGUAGUCUUUUUUUCUUAUAACACAAGCACUCAUUUUUUAUUUAAAUUCUUCCACUCAAAAAGCGAAUUUCAAUUUUCAAACCAGGGUUUAUCUAAUUAUAACUAGGAGCACGGGAAUUACCACUUCACCACUAGAAAUUGAAAUGUUUUGAAUUCUGUGUUUGGUGAAGGUUGUGUUAUCAGAGAGAGAUGGGUCUCUGUAGCUCCAAGCCCUCUACAAAUCCUGGUUUGUCAUCUCCACGACGUGAUCCUCAGCUCGCUAACGGUAAUUCUAUUCCGGAUAAGGAUAACUCUGUCGCGGAAACCAAACGACCGCGGCAGAUUCCGAGCUCCGACAAUGGCGACCAAAACCGAAACGCUAGCGAAGCGCAGAACGGCAAGAAAUCUCCGUUGUUCCCGUUCUACAGUCCGAGUCCAGCGCAUUCCCUGUUCUCGAAGAAAUCUCCGGCGAGAUCUCCGAGCACGAAGUCGACGCCGAAUCGGUUCUUCAGGAGACCGUUUCCUCCGCCUUCUCCGGCGAAGCACAUACGAUCUUUGCUGGCGAGGCGGCAAGGCUCGGUGAAGCCGAACGAGGCCUCGAUACCGGAAGGGAGCGAGUCGGAGCGCGUGUCCGGGCUCGACAAGAGCUUCGGGUUCUCCAAGCACUUCGGGAACAAGUACGAGCUCGGAGAUGAGGUCGGCCGAGGGCAUUUUGGGUACACUUGUUCUGCUAAGUUCAAGAAAGGCGAGCUCAAAGGCCAACAGGUCGCCGUAAAAGUCAUUCCCAAAGCCAAGAUGACCACUGCCAUUGCCAUUGAGGACGUGAGAAGGGAGGUUAAAAUGUUGAGAGCAUUGAACGGGCAUAACAAUCUAAUACAGUUCUAUGAUGCAUAUGAAGACCAUGAUAACGUGUAUAUAGUAAUGGAGUUAUGCGAAGGAGGGGAGCUCUUAGAUAGAAUACUAUCAAGGGGUGGGAAGUACACGGAAGAUGAUGCUAAGGUUGUCAUGAUACAGAUAUUAAAUGUUGUUGCAUUUUGCCAUCUCCAGGGUGUGGUACACCGUGACCUUAAACCUGAGAAUUUCCUGUUUAAGUCAAAGGAUGAAAACUCACAAUUGAAGGCCAUAGAUUUUGGCUUGUCAGAUUUUGUAAAACCAGAUCAAAAGCUUAAUGACAUAGUUGGAAGUGCAUACUAUGUAGCUCCAGAAGUUCUACAUAGAUCUUACAGUACAGAGGCAGACGUUUGGAGUAUAGGCGUAAUUGCUUAUAUCCUAUUGUGUGGUAGCCGUCCAUUUUGGGCCAGAACUGAGUCUGGGAUCUUUCGGACUGUGUUAAAAGCUGAUCCAAGUUUUGAUGAACCACCUUGGCCUUCUUUGUCUGCUGAAGCUAAAGAUUUUGUGAAGCGCCUAUUGAAUAAAGACCCACGGAAGAGAAUGACUGCUGCUCAAGCUUUAAGUCAUCCUUGGAUUAAAAACUUUAAUGAUGUAAAAGUGCCUCUGGAUUUACUAAUAUUCAAACUCAUGAAGACUUACAUGCGAUCAUCAUUUCUACGAAAAGCUGCAUUAAAGGCUCUAUCCAAAACGUUGACUGUAGAUGAACUAUUUUAUUUAAAGGAGCAAUUUGCACUUUUGGAACCAAACAAGAAUGGCACCAUAAGCUUAGAGAAUAUAAAAGUGGCCUUGAUGAAACAUGCAACAGAUGCUAUGAAGGAUUCGCGCAUCCCUGAUUUUCUUGCUUCAUUUAAUGCAUUGCAAUACAGAAGGAUGGACUUUGAGGAGUUUUGUGCUGCUGCACUUAGUGUGCAUCAGCUUGAAGCUCUUGAUCGGUGGGAGCAACAUGCUCGUUGUGCCUUUGAACUUUUUGAGAAGGAUGGAAACAGAGCUAUUGUCAUUGACGAAUUGGCUUCGGAACUAGGCCUCGGUCCUUCUGUCCCUGUUCAUGCUGUUCUUCACGAUUGGAUUAGGCAUACUGAUGGAAAGCUGAGCUUCCUUGGGUUUGUUAAAUUGUUGCAUGGUGUAUCUAGCCGCUCACUUACGAAAGCUCAAUAAAAUUGUUGAAGGCCAAGCUGGAUAUCCAAGAAGCAUUGAUUGUUGCAUACUGACUUGACCAGAAAAUGAGCUGGUAACAGAUGAUUAAGGCACUCUCCAGACCUUUAAUAUUCAGGGAUAGUUGCCAUUGCAAUUAUGGUCAGCGCCCAGUGCGUUUGGGACUAUCUUUAUCUCGACAGACCAUGCUUGCAUAUUGCAUGCACUCAGGAUUGGAGUUGACCCUUGUGCUCCUUAAAGCAAUGAAGCACAUGUAUUUUGUAUUUCUUAUGUAAAGCGGUAGUUAAGUGUGUUUAGUUGCAGGUGAGAGUAUUUCUCAAAUGUUUGUUACUUGUUUGACAAUUAUACUUGAUCUUCUGACAUAUUGGACUGGUCUUACAAGUCCAGAGUUGUGUUAGAUCAUACUGUGUUUCAUUCUUUCUAAUCAAAAGUUACUGCUCAUUUUCACUCA